AAGAAAAAACAAUAUAAUAAUAAAAUAAUAAUGAUGAUAAUCGUGCAUACCUCCACAAUCAUUCACUUUCUUUCUCAUCCAUUUUCAUUUUGAUUCCUACACAUACACAAACAAAAUCUCUACAAUUUAUGAGUCCAGAUCAUUUCCUUGACCUCCAAGCACAGAUCCAAAGCAUCCAUCCAUAUACUCUCAUCACUCCACUCUCUCUCCGCGCCAAUAUCGCAUAUAUUCCUUUUCCGCCUUCUUUUCCUUCUAUAAAUAUACCUUCUCCUCACUACAAUAAACUAUAAGGGUUUUCUUUUCUGAACCCAGAUUCGUACUUCCUUUGAUUCAAUCUUUGAUGUGUCUCUUCUAGAUUCUUAGUUCUUUAUCCUAUUUUCAUCAAAAUUGGAUUUUUACUGCUUUUGAAGGGUGUUAUUAGUAGUAAAAUUCUGAAUUUUGGGGUCUGUGUUUUUUUGGGUUUGUUAUGAUGGAUCUUGUUAUUGGUGGAAAAUUUAAGCUUGGGAGGAAAAUUGGGAGUGGAUCAUUUGGAGAGCUUUAUUUGGGUGUUAAUGUGCAAACUCAAGAGGAAGUGGCUGUUAAGCUGGAACCUGUGAAGACAAAGCAUCCUCAACUUCUCUAUGAGUCCAAAUUGUAUAUGCUUCUUCAAGGAGGAACCGGCAUACCUCAUAUAAAGUGGUCUGGAGUCGAGGGUGACUACAAUGUUAUGGCUAUUGACCUUCUUGGACCGAGUCUCGAAGACUUGUUUAACUAUUGCAGUAGAAAAUUCUCUCUGAAAACAGUGUUGAUGCUUGCAGAUCAACUAUUAAACAGAGUAGAGUAUAUGCACUCUCGGGGCUUUCUGCAUCGUGAUAUAAAGCCUGACAACUUUCUAAUGGGUUUAGGUCGCAAGGCAAAUCAGGUAUAUAUUAUUGACUAUGGCCUUGCGAAAAAGUAUCGUGAUCUUCAAACACACAAGCAUAUACCAUACAGGGAAAACAAGAAUCUCACUGGAACCGCUCGAUAUGCAAGUGUUAACACUCACCUUGGAGUUGAACAAAGCAGAAGAGAUGAUCUAGAAUCACUUGGUUAUGUACUAAUGUACUUUUUGAGAGGAAGUCUUCCAUGGCAAGGCUUGAAAGCUGGCACUAAAAAGCAGAAAUAUGACAAGAUAAGUGAAAAGAAGAUGCUUACUCCAAUAGAGGUCUUGUGCAAGUCACAUCCAACAGAAUUCACAUCAUAUUUCCACUAUUGCCGAUCAUUGCGGUUUGAAGAUAAACCCGAUUAUUCAUAUCUUAAGAGACUCUUCCGUGACCUAUUCAUUAGAGAAGGUUAUCAGUUUGACUAUGUAUUUGAUUGGACUAUAUUGAAGUAUCCACAAAUUGGAUCCAGUUCUAGAACACGGCCAAGUGUGAAACCAGUAUUAAACCCAGCACCAUCUGGAGAGCGAGAGCGAUUAGAACGGCCUUCAGUUGGACAAGAGAUUCGUGAUAGAUUAUCAGGUGCAGUGGGGGCAUUUUCAAGAAGGAAUGGCUCUGCACAUGGACUGCAUAAGGAUCUUGCCAAGCAGCACAGGUCUUUAGAUAAUAUGCCAUCUCCCAAAGAUGUGCAACCUGAUUCUGAAAGGGCUCGCAGUUCUACUCGUAAUGGCAGUGCUUCAAAAAGGCCUAUGAUAUCAAACAGCAGACCAAGCUCUUCUGGGGAACCUAGUGAAAGCCGGUCUAGUCGAUUGGUCUCGAGCAGUAGUCGUCUAUCGACUACUCAGAGGGUUCAACCAGGUUUUGACUCCAAAUCAUCCUUCACCCGUGCCACCGCAGGGACACGAGGUAGUCGCGAUGAUGCACUCAGGAGCUUUGAGCUCCUGACAAUUGGUACUGGAAAAAAGAAAUGAUCGAAAACUUUCCAUGGUUGUUUUGUCUUGUCCUUUUAUUGAGACAUUCAUCCUUCACACCUGUUCAUUUACUCAGUAUAUUUCCAUCCUGUGUUGGGGUCCAUUCAUGGCCAAAAGCUAAUUGAAAUUUAUCAAUAAAGCUUUUUGCAGACCCCUCAUAUGCUUCUUCAUAUGUUCUUCCAUGAUUACCUAAGCAUGGUACCAUUCAUGAAGAGUCUCUAUCUUUAGGAAUUUGUUUAUACAUGAGAUGUCUACUUGUAAUAAAUAUUCACAUUCUCUACAUUUUUUCUGUUGGACAAAAGGAAGAAAAUAAAAACUGCAAAGUCUAAUAUGCUUUGCAAGUUUUUGCAGCCUUCCAUUGCAUCAUUGGGACCUUUCUAAUAGCGAGCGGCUCCUAAUUUGGAUUGAAGAAAACAUGAAAGCUGAUGUGUAUCAGUGCACAAGUGGAUACUAUUACUCUUGUUCAAUUUAUAAAUUUGUUUGGAGCCUCUAAGGUUUAAUGUUUUUGCAGGCAGCAAUGAAGUUGUUCUUUUAAGAUAAUGUUAAUUAUGUAAUUGAUAUUAAAAGUGGUUCAUAACUUAUGUAUUAAUGCUAAACAUACAUUCCAUUUGUCUUCUACUCAAUUUAAAGCUAUAUGCUUCUAAAGAUUGUCCUUAACUUC